AUAAAAUUGAAUUCCCAGCUUCUCAAUCGAUAGAGCCACGUGACAGCUCCUUUUCGCCAAACAUGCAAAUCACUCUUGCAAAUCAGGUAUAUGCGCUGCGUCAACCGUUUGGGGUUUAGCCUUGGGCGGCUUUUGCUAGACUUUUAGUAGCCUGUAUCAGAACAUGGCUAGGUUUGUAGUAGAGGUGUUUUUUGUCCUUGUUUUCUCCGCCACCAAUGCGGCGCAUGAGGAGGUCAUUGAUGUGAUUCUAGCCAGCCUCGCCAAAAGCGCAUCGUUCCUGGAGCAAGAGCACGGUAACAUCAACCUAGACGGAGUGGUCGGGUACAUCAUCCUGCAGGCGGAGUUGAAGGAAGCAGUGAGAACUUGGCCCCACACUGACCCUCUGAGCUGGUCUCAGCGCACUGCUACGGUCACCCUGGUCAAGAGGUUGGACCAGAGCCUGGCUAAGGCUGUCACUGAGCUGGAGAAGACUGACCCCAAAUACUACAGAGAGUUUGAGCCUCUGUUGAUCUGGACCUUCUGGUCAGUACCUCAUGAGUGGAGCUCCACAGAUCCCUCUCUGGCCUACUCCUCCGGUCGUACCAUGGAGUGUUACGAUGAGACACAGAGCGACAAGUGUAUGACCCUGCUUCUGGGAACAUGGAAGAACAACGGGACUCCUUGCAUCGUGACCAAGUCAUGUCGUGACACAAUGACGAGGUUUGGAUGUCCUAACUACUCCCUCUCUCACCAGCUGCUCUACUUCAUGCUGGGAGCCAAUAGAGGUUGUUCUGCCAUGUUGAAGGGGGACAUGCGUGCGUCACGUGCUAACCUAACAGAGAGACAGUACCAGGGGAUAUUCUGCUCCAACAUGCUGAAGGGAAACAUGGACAUCAUACAGAAGGACUUCACCGGGGAGACCCAGGACAUCUUCAUCGAAAACAUACUGCUGUGUGGAUUGGCUGGUUUCUCUGACUUUCUCAAAGUUGAUUGGCUGCAGCACAUUCUGAGGCUGCAGGAUCAGGAAGUGGGAUGUUUUACACAGCCCCACAGAAGAGUGAAGAGGAGAGAGAGAAUGUUGAAGGAUGGCUGUUCCAGUCACAUAACAGGCGUGUCAGUGAGCGCUCUGGGAGGAUACCUCAACUACUACCUGACAGAGCAGGACAUCACCAAGAGACCACUCACCUGAAUGUGAACCACCCUUCACCUGGACGUGAACCACCCUUCACCUGGACGUGAACCACCCUUCACCUGGAUAUGUGACCCUUCACCUGGACGUGUGACCCUUCACCUGGAUGUGUGACCCUUCACCUGGACGUGAACCACCCUUCACCUGGACGUGAACCACCCUUCACCUGGGUGUGUGACCCUUCACCUGGAUGUGUGACCCUUCACCUGGAUGUGUGACCCUUCACCUGGAUGUGUGACCCUUCACCUGUGUCCUAAAUAGCACCUUAUUCUUUACUUAUAGCACUACUUCUGACCAGGGCAAACCCGUAGGGCUCUGGUGAAAAGUAGUGCACUGUGUCGGGCAGUGUGUGUCCAUCCUUUCCUGGGGACCCCCAGCCGUUCCAUGGUUUUCAUCUAUUCCACAGCACCAGUGGUGUAAACUACUUAAGUAAAAUUACUUUAAAGUACUACUUAAGUCGUUUUUGGAGGAAUCUGUACUUUACUUUACUAUUUAUAUUUUUGCCAACUUUUACUUUCACUCCACUACAUUCCUAAAGAAAAGAAUGCACUUUUUCCUCCCAACAUUUUCCCUGACACCCAAAAGUACUAGUUACAUUUUGAAUGCUUAGCAGGAGAGGAAAAUUGUCAAAUUCACUCACUUAUCAAAAGAACGUCCCUGGUCGUCUCUACUGCCUCUUAUCUGGCAGACUCACUAAACACAAAUGCAUUGUUUUUAAAUGAUGUCUGAGUGUUGGAGUGUGCCCCUGGCUGUCCGUGAAUUAAAAAAAACAAGAAAAUCA